AUGGUAAAGUCAGUGAAGAAAACCUCCACCAAGGAGGCAGUAAACAAAAAGACCGCUGAAGAAAAAUCGGUACAGGAGAAGGAAGAACUAAAGUUAGAAUCAUCCUCUGGCAGUUCAGACGAAGAAGAUGAGAAAGAUGAUAAUGAAAUUAAAGGUUUAGCUGCCUCUGAUGAUGAACAGAGCGAUACGCACAAAAUUAAAAGAUUGAAUCCAAAGAAGCAAGUCGAUCAGAAAAACUCAAAAGACAAAAAGAAACUCGAUGAAUAUUCUGGAAUUAUUUAUGUGAGUAGAUUGCCACAUGGGUUUCACGAAAAGGAAUUAAGUAAGUAUUUCGCUCAGUUUGGUGACUUAAGAGAAGUGAGACUAGCACGCAAUAAGAAAACUGGAAACUCCAGACAUUACGGGUUCUUAGAGUUUGUUAACAAAGAGGAUGCGUUUGUUGCCCAAGAAUCCAUGAACAACUACUUAUUGAUGGGCCAUCUAUUACAAGUGCGCCUAUUGCCAAAGGACGCCAAAAUCGAGAAGUUAUACAAAUACAAGAAGAGGGUUUUGGUAGAGAAGGGUGUCACCAAACCAGUAAAACAGCUGAAGGAAAACAUGAAGCUGAAACACGAAGAAAGGAUAAAUAAACUUGCCAAAUCUGGCAUCGAAUUCAAAUGGUGA